AUGGAUACUAAGGAGCAAAGCAUAGUUAAUCAAUCCUCUCUGUCAGGAUUUCUUCUAAUGGAAUUUUCAGAAGUAAGGGAACUACAGAUUCUACAUUUCUUUAUGUUCCUUGCUUUUUAUCUGGCAGCACUUACAGGAAAUCUUCUCAUCAUCUCUGCAGUAGCCUUUGACUCCCACCUGCAAACACCGAUGUACUUCUUUCUCAUGAACUUAGCUAUACAGGACCUUGGUUCAGUUUCGGUGAUUAUGCCCAAAUCCAUGGCCAAUACCCUCUUAAAUAUUAGAUACAUUUCUUACCCAGGAUGUGUUGCUCAAGUCUUCUUCUUUCUCUUCUUUUUAAUAUCUGAUUUCUUUCUCCUCACGGUUAUGGCAUAUGAUCGAUAUGUUGCCAUUUGCAAACCGCUACAGUAUGAGAUGUUGAUGAAUAUGCAAGCCUGCAUCCAAAUGGUUAUUAGAGUAUGGAUCAGCAGCUUUCUUUGUGGAGUUUUACAUACUGGAUGUACCUUUUCUUCCCCCUUUUGCUCCAAUGUGGUCAAUCAGUUUUUCUGUGAAGUCCCACAUUUGCUUAAGAUGGCCUGUUCUGAUUUGUACCUUUUUGAAAUUGGAGCUAUUGUGUUAGGAUCUGUCACAGUGUUAGGCUGCUUCAUCUUCAUCAUUGCAACCUAUGUGCACAUCUUCACCGAAGUGCUGAAAAUCCCCUCUGUUGAGGGAAGGCAAAGGGCCUUCUCAACAUGCCUUCCCCACCUCAUUGUUGUCUCUAUAUUUGUGUUCACUGGCUGCUUUGCUUACCUCAAGCCCACCUCUAACAGUCCAUCACACUUGGAUUUGGCAUUUACCAUGAUAUAUUCCAUGGUUCCACCACUGAUGAAUCCCAUAAUCUACAGCAUGAGAAACAAGGAGGUAAAAAAUGCUUUGUCAAAACUACUGGGUUCGAGGCUCUCUUCUAUGAAUGCCUUCUCUAGUUUUUUUCUUCAAAGGUGA